AAGAAAUAGAUAAUUUAAAUUUCAGCAUGGGUAAAAAAAAGCGUUUAAGAUGCAACCAUCCAAAGGAAAAGUUCGAUCUUUGCUCGUCUUGUAUCGCAUCUCAUUUUCCAGAAGAAUCUGCAGCCGCUUUAUUUCAUUGCUAUAACAAGGAAUCUAGCUCUUUCCGCAUUCUGGGGUUUACACAAGACCCAACUAAUAUGCAAUAUUAUGUUAUAACUACAUAUGCAGAAAGUGGUGAUUUAAACAAAUACAUGUGCGAUAAUUUGACUACUCUAACAUGGAUGGAUAGAUUAUUUAUAAUAUGGGAUAUUAGUUUGGAUUUAGAGCGAAUACAUAAAGCCGGACUCAUUCAUCGUGACAUUCAUUCUGGUAACAUCUUGCAUACACGAGAAGUUCAGCAUCUUCUUCGUGAAGUUCCUAUACACACCGGAUAUUGGAAUUAUUAUGUGGGAACUAACAAGUGGGAGACGACAUUUGGAUCCAUGCCUCAUGAUAUCAAUUUAUCUACAGCUAUCUGUAAAGGGUUACGCCCACAACCUGUCCCAAAUACAUUACCUUUUUACCUUCAAUUAAUGCAAAAUUGCUGGGAUAAUGAUCCUCUAAAAAGACCAACAGCAAAAGAAAUAAAGGACCAAGUGGGUAAGUGGUGCUGGCAGCCGAGUAAACGGAAAAUACAACAGAUGACUGAUGCAGAUGAAAGUCAUUAUCUUUCUCAUACCUUAUUGGAUGAUGAAAAAAAGAGUCCCGAGGCUAGUUUUACAUCCAGAGCAUUGCCAUUGGUAACAAAUAUAUCUUCCAGAGAAAACAUGCUGGUAAUAGCGUCAUAUGACGACCCCGGUCUUCUUAAAGAAAUACUUUCCUGA